AUGCAAGGAGAAAAUUUGAGUUAUGUCAAAUUUGUACCAUUAUACAGUUUAUCUCAUGUUUAUUUAACAAUUAGCAUACUUAGUAUGAUUAUAAUUUGUACAAUUAUUGGCAAUAUGUUUGUUGUCAUUGCAAUCUUAAUGGAUAGGCAUUUACAACGUGUUUCUAAUUAUCUGAUAUUGAGUUUAGCUGUAGCUGAUUUAAUGGUUGCAACAUUAGUUAUGCCAAUCAGUGCUUUAAAUGAAGUCUCAGAAAAAUGGUGGCUUGGUAUUGCUUUAUGUGAUAUUUGGACAAUAAUGGAUGUCCUCUGUUGUACUGCAUCUAUUCUACACUUAGUAGUCAUUGCACUUGAUCGUUAUUGGUCAAUUACACAUGUGAAUUAUAGUCGAAAUCAACACAAAAAACCAAUCUACAUUAUGAUCAGUAUUGUAUGGGCAUUAUCAUUGCUGAUUUCAUUACCAACUCGAUUUCAUACAUUACGUAAUGUCAACAAUUUAUCCAAUGAAUGUUCCAUUAAUAAAGAUUAUACAUUCACGAUCUUUUCUACAGUUGGUGCAUUCUAUUUGCCAAUGAUAUUUUUAAUUGGUAUUUAUGUGAAAAUUUAUCAAACUGCUAGAAAACGUAUACGUAAAAAGAAGAAAAAAAAAAAUAAACUAGACAUGUUACAUUCAUUCUCAUUGUCAACAACACCAUCAUUAAAUAAUCAAUUCCCAUUGGAACAGUUGAAUAAUAUACGUGAGAAAGCUAUUGACACUGUCGGUAAUCAAUAUUUUAAAUUCAGAUGUCAACAUUUAUUUGAAAAAUGUUCAAUAAAAUGUUUAAAUAAACAGUGUUGUUUUAAUAAACCUAGUCAAUUGUCAGUAAGUAAUGAAUACUUAGAUAUGAUUGUAUCAAGUAAUGUAGAAAAAGAAACUUCAUCACCAUACUGUUGUAGUUUAGGUGAUACAAUGGAAUGUUUUAAUAAACACAACAUUGUAGAUCAACAAAAUGAAUGUCAGAAUAUUGAAACAUUGAAUGAGAACAAUGUAAACACAUUUUGUUGCUGUUGCGGUUGUUGUUGUUUGAAUGGCGAUUUUGUUCAAUGUUCCAAUGAAUGUUGUUCUAUCAUAGAAAAGUCAAUAAGAAAUAAAGAAUUUAAUGAAAUGUGUUAUCCUUCAGAACAAAUAAGUAAUCAGAUGAGUAUACCUAAGUGUAGAUUUUGUUGUACAACAACAAUGACAACUGAGAUACAUGAUGAAUACACUCCUAAUUAUUCUGCAUCAACUUUGAAUAAAGAUACAACAUGUUCAUCAACAAAUGAUUAUGAACGAUCAAUCUUCAAUUCCAAUUUAUUACAUUUAAACGAUAAUGAAAAUGAAUUUGAAUCAAGUAUACAACAACAAUUAUUGAAAUCUGUUAUAACAACAGAAACUAAGAUGGCUGACAAAGAAUAUUGUAUUACAAGUCCUGUAUUACUACUAACCGACUUUGAAGAAUUAACAAUUGAUUGGAAUGAUGAUUUAAAAUAUCCUAAAGAUUAUUUUGUUGACUUGUCAGUAGAUUCAAUAAAAUCAUCCACUGAAACCGAUUGUUCUCAUCAUGAAAACAGUGUCGAUUUGACAAAUUCAUACAGACAAGGAAUAGUAGUAUAUCCAAAAUCAGUUAAAUUAUCAUUAUCAAGUGAAAGUUUAAUCAGUAGUACACAUUCAUCAGUGAUAACAUAUGAACAAUCAUUGUAUCAAAUAAAUUCACCAUUUUGUUAUGAUUUUCAUCAUGAUGAAUUUACAAUAAUUGAUAAACCAAUUGAUGGCAGAAAUUCAAUUGAUGAAAUAAAACGAAAUAUCAAUUUUACAUUAAAUCAUAUUUCUGAUCAGAAUAUGAAAUUUUGUUUAAACCGCGAUAAAGAAACAAAUCAUACGCCUGUAAUGGAGAAAAUUGAUUUAAUGCAUAUAAACAAACUGACCAUUGAUUCAUUGAACACGCUGAACAUGAAAGAAACGCCAACUCUUGUGAAUAACAAUACACCAAAUGAAACUAACGACAAUUUAUGCCAUAGCAUCAAAAUCAAGUCAAACCAAUCUAAAUCAAUCACUAUCAAUAAUAGGAUGAUGCAUGAAAUGGAAUUGAAUCGUGAACGUUUAGAGUGUAAUCGUGAAAAUAAAGUAAUGAGAACAUUGUCCAUUAUCACGGGUUGUUUCAUCUUGUGUUGGUUACCAUUUUUUCUGCAAGCACUUAUUGUACCAUUUUGUCCAACUCAAUGUAAUACACAUCGAUUAGUUGGAAGUUUUUUUCUAUGGUUAGGUUAUUUAAAUUCCUUAUUGAAUCCAAUCUUGUAUACAGUGUUUGCACCAGAUUUUAGAAAUGCUUUUAGAAAAAUUAUUUAUGGUAAAUUUAAUAUUUUUAAAAUAUAA